AUUCUACGCAGUGUGUAUUCUGUGGUGACAACAUUCCCCCACUUCCGGCCAUGCGCAGGAACACACGUGUGAACUCUUCGUUUUCAUAGCUGGCUAGCAAAUUUGUGAAAUGUGCUAUUGAUUUCGCAGUUUCGUGGAUGUCAUUAAUGGGACUUAUGAAUUGUCUUUGAUCGUAAUCACAUAUUUAACUAGGAAGUGCAAUUAAAUUUAAAAAAUGGGACCGCCGAGGAGUAAGAAGAGAAAGCCAAGCUUUCGUAGGCUGCUGAAAACCAGCAACUUAAAAAUCGAAAACAAAUCGAAGAACCGUCAGUUCAAGCAGCAGAGCACAGCCAAAAAGUACCGAAAGGAACAGAAGAAACUCCGGCAAGCUAUCAAAGAUGCGUCUCUCCGAACCCCAGAGCCCCUGGAGCGAUACAAGAAAAAGCCAGAGGAGGAAGAGGAUGAGGAGUUUGAGGAAUCCCUACCAGUGGACAUGAUGGAUGAAGAUGACCUGGAGCAGAUGAAGGCUAUGGCUCAGAAAGCCUCCUUUGUCACCAGAGACCUCUCCUCCUGCGAGCCUGUACAUGCCAAAAAGCGGAAGUCUGACAACGUCUUGGAGUCAUAUGAGAAGAUGCCGCGGAAGAUGCAGAGGCAGGAGGAGAAGGAAGUUAUUCAUCUGUUACCGAUCAAAGACAAAACGGGCCUCAUCCCUCAGUCCAUUGAGAAACCAGUUGUGGAGAAGGUAGAGGAAGAGGAGGAGGAGGAAGAACCAGCAGAGGAUGAUGGUUCACAGAAAGUGUUUGAGCCCGCGAUGGCGGCUCUGAGCCCCCAGCAGCAGCUGCAGCUGCGCAGACAGAAGCUGGAGGACAGGAAGCUGCGCAUCGCUGGCUUGGGCUCGGCCAUCCUAUCAGACCCCACCGUCAAUAUAAAAAAGCUGAAGGAGCUUCGAUCCAUGUUGAUGGAAACGGACCCUUGCGUUGCGGUGACCGUGAGGAAGCUGGUCAUGGUCUCCCUGAUGGAGGUCUUCAAGGACAUCGUUCCUGCCUACAGAAUCCGGCCGCUGACGGAGGAAGAAAAGUCUACAAAGGUGAAAAAAGAAACCCAGCAGCUGCGGGAGUUUGAGGAAGGCCUGGUCAGUCAGUACAAGUUCUACCUGGAGAACCUGGAGCAAACGGUCAAAGACUGGAAGCAGAAGAAGAGGAAGAAGAGUGAAUCGGUUGCACUGCAGUCCUAUAAGGGCCUGGCCGAGGUGGCCAUCAAGUGCAUCUGUGAACUGCUGGUGGCUCUGACCCACUUCAACUUCCACAACAACAUCAUAGUCAUGGUGGUGCCCCUGAUGAAUGACCCCUCUAAGAAGGUGUCUGAAAUGUGUUGUGAGGCUGUGCGGAAGAUGCUGAAGCAGGACAGAUUGGGCCAUGCCCCCUUAGGAUUGGUGAAAGUCAUUUCUGGACUGGUCAAGAGCCGGAAUUAUGACAUCAGACCAGAGGUGCUGAAGACCCUUAUGUCUCUGAGGAUAAAGGAAGUGGAAGUUAAGAAAGAUACAGAGACUGUUGCUCCCAAAAAGAAGUUCAUGACCUUUAAAGAGAAGAGGAAGAACCUAUCAAGAAUGCAGAGGAAGUGGAAGAAAGCGGAAGAGAAGCUUGAGAAGGAGCUUCUGGAGGCCGAGGCUUCAGAAAGCAAAGAGAAGAAGCUGAAGUUGCACACAGAGACGCUGAACAUCGUGUUCCUGAUCUACUUCAGGAUACUGAAGAAAGCCCAGAAGUCUGUGCUGCUGCCCUGUGUUUUAGAAGGCCUUGCAAAGUUCGCCCACCUCAUAAAUCUGGAGUUCUUUGACGAUUUGUUAACAGUGCUGCAUAAUCUAAUUGAAUCGGGGGACCUAUCCUACCGUGAGAGCCUCCACUGUAUCCAGACAUCCUUCAUUAUCCUCUCCGGUCAAGGUGAUGUCCUUAAUAUCGACCCUUUAAAGUUCUACACCCACCUGUACAAAACGCUCUUCCUCCUACACGCAGGAGCGUCGAACGAUGACAUCACCAUCGUCCUGCAGUGCCUGGAUGUCAUGCUGUUGAAGAGGAGGAAGCAGGUCACCCUUCAGAGGGCGCUCGCCUUCACAAAGAGACUGAGCACGCUCAGUCUGCAUGUGCUGCCCAACGCCAGCGUGGGCGUCUUGUCAGCCAAUAGGAUGCUGAUGCAAACCUUCCCUAAGUGUGACAUCCUGCUGGAUAACGAGGCUCAGGGCAGUGGGGUGUACCUGCCUGAGCUGGACCAGCCCGAGUACUGCAACCCACACAACACUGCUCUGUGGGAGCUGCACACUCUCAGGAGACACUACCACCCGAUUGUGAGGAAGUUUGCUGCACACCUCAUGGUAGGGGCUCCUAGUGAGGGGUCUGGAGCCCUCAGUACUGAGCUCAGCAGAAGGUCACCAGUUGAGCUGUUUGAAGACUACAACACAAAGGACAUGACUUUCAACCCACCAGUGUCUGCACCAGCCACAAAGAAAAAGGACCAUUUCACAAUAGGCCACGCGUUGCUGGAUGCCGAUUUGAAGAAACGGAUAGACGAGAUUCUCGGAACAGAAACUGCUGCUGCUGGGUUGGAUUUCGCAGCGCACAGAAGCCAAGACCACACGUAAAAGAACCAGGCCGAAAAUGCAGAGGAGUGUGCACCAAAUUGUAAUGUUUUUUUUAAACUUCAUGCGAGUAAAUUCCAGUUUAUGUA